AGCAGCAGGUGGAGCGUGUUUGUCACUCACAGUGUAUAAAUAUGAGCAAAUGACAAUAAUACCAAAAAGUGAAUCUUCAUCCUCCACCAAAAGUAUCUCAGACAGGUUUUUAUUAAACUACUGGUCAUGUACCUUCACUGGGUAACCUUUUCUCUUGCAUUAGUCUGUUGGAUGUCUGCUGGUGGUGAAUCAUGCGGUACUGAUGAUUCUGGCUCAGCUUAUCGUGGACUUUUUAAUUUGCUCAGCUCGAGGGAAGACAAUUUGUUAAAUAACACGCGACCCUUAACUGCAGUUACAGUCACCAAAGUUUAUGUGGACUUGUAUGUGACCUCCAUCACAGAUGUGAAUGAGAAAGCUCAGAGCAUCUCAACACAAGUAAAAAUAUUCACUUUUUGGAAAACAAGGAGACAAUUGUGGGACCCUGCAGAUUAUUGUGAUAUUGAAACAAUUACAGUUCAAAAAGAUUUGCUUUGGACUCCAGACAUUGCCAUCGCAGAAAGCAUCAACACAGAGUUUGGAUCAAAGGAGUCUCCAUAUGUGCAUUUAGUUUAUGAAGGCCUUCUAUACACAGUGGAGAUUUUAUCUGUGACCUCAGCCUGUAAGAUGGACUUGUACAGGUUUCCAUUUGACACACAAAUCUGCAAUUUAACACUUCAAUCUUUAGGCUAUACAGAUGAGGAGCUAAACUUUCGUGACCUCACUGAUUCAAAGUAUCUUACCUCUGAAUCUCAGGAGAACUUUCAGACCCAGGGAGAGUGGGAACUUCUCAAUAUAAAUGCAUCAAUAGCUGAUUGCAGUACCAUGUGGUUCUCACAAAAUCGCAAAAUAUUUCAGAUCACCAUCAGGAGGAGACCUCUGCUGUAUAUCAUCAACUUAAUUUUUCCAGUAUUUUGUUUUCUUGUUCUGGAUGUGGCCUCUUUUUUCAUAAAUGCAUCUGAAGCAGAGAAGCUGGGCUUUAAAGUGACUUUACUGCUGUCCAUAUCUGUGUUACUGCUGAUUCUUAAUGACAAGCUGCCAUCUACUGCCAGCCAAAUGCCACUGAUUGGGAUUUACUGCAUUGGGGUUUUCUCACUUAUUGGCAUAAGUAUUCUGGAGACCAUCUUUGUGAGCAUUCUGAUUGCUAUAGGAAAAGAGACCAAACCAGUAACACCAACAGAAAGCGAAGCAGAUGUAACCGUUCAACAUGAUGGCGUAAAAUACUUGCAUUACUCUCUAGACACAGUUACCGGUAGAACUGAACGGAUGACAUGUACGCCCAACAUGCUGAAGCAGAUCCUCAUGGAGUUUUGGGUUUUUACUCAACAACAACAAGAAAAAGUCUCAUCGUGCUGGACCUUAGCAGCAAGAAUUGUAAAUGUGAUCUUUAUUGUUCUUUACAUAAUCACCGUUAUCGGGUUUCUGACCUUUCUGGGCAAGGUUUGGUUUCAAUUUUAAUAUAAUUUUAUACACAGCAAAAAUUGGAGAGUUAACAUUUCAGUGUAAAACAUUUGAGUUGAAUUCCACACCUAAAGAGUAAAUUGAACAUAUUUAGAGUAAAUUGUUGUUCAGAGUUUGAUUGCAACCACUUACCUUAAAAAAAUUAGUAAAUUUAAUGAAUACUUUUUUCAGUGUAUGUUGAGCUAAAACUUCACAUAUGCACUCUGGGGACACCAAAGAUUUAUUUUACACCUUAAAAAAAUCUCAUAAUGUGACCCCUUUAACACUUUUGUGAGUGUUAAAAAUGUUACUGUCUUGAAAGUACAUUUGACUCUGAUAGGUGUGGAAUUUUAUAAACUCUGAAAAAGUGUAGAAAUCAACUCUGUGAGAGUUCAUUUAACACUGGACUUUUUGCUGUGUACAGGGGCCUUCAACUUUUCAGGACAUGUUUGUUUAAUUUCACCCACAGAGUAAAAUUUAAAAAUGAAUAAUCUGUGUGUUUUUAAGUCAAAAUAAAGUGUUUAAUGUUCAUUUAUCUUUGAUAUCUAGAAGAGCUUCUGUUUCUCCCUUGAGUUUUGUGGUUACCAUCAUUCAGAAGAGUGGUGCGUGUGUAUAGACUGUAGGUAAUGUGUGAAAAUCAUCGCCCUAUCCCAGAUGGCGCACUUCAUGUGGACUUUCAGUCUCAAGGCCUUAAAUUGCGCGUGCUCGCUUAGUCUACGAGUCCAUAGGGUGUCCCGUCUAUCAUUUUUUACGCUUUGUAGUGUGCUCAUCAGCGCCCCCUUGAUGCAGGCUUUGUGCACUUAACCAACCCAGAAGUCCUUGAGAAGGAGCAAUCAGACGACGGAAGGGAGGAGUUCACACUGACGGGCAACUUCUCAACCUAUUUCCGGUGUGAUGCUCGAGUCUGUCCCAAAAUAUGACUUCGGUGCACCCACGUGGACUCACAUCAAGGGUCCCUAAAGUCUGGACUACGUGAUGUCAUCAAAGUGUGGACUCUGUGAUAUAGUAAAUAUCUAACAAAAAGAGACAAUUUUGUAAUUUCCAUUAAAUAAGAUUUAA